UACAAUAUUCUACUACUAUUUUGCCCAUAUUCCAACACAUGGGUUCUGCAGUCGGAGAUUGAGAUCUGAAAGCAAAACAUCGAUUUUUCUUCCGGUAUAAGAUGCAAUUAGAGAUGAAUUCAAUUGCAUUUGUGGCGUGAUGGCUCGGAUUGUUGGAUGCGAGUAGAAAUCUUGAUAGUGUUUAAUCGUCCCGGGAAGGUGAUAACGUAGCAUCGUUGUGCUCUAGUUUUGAUUGUCAUCCAUACAGUGUUUCUUGAAAAAGGAGUGGUGUAAUUAAGAAGGAUGAGGAAGCGGACGCCACCACCGUAUCUACUGGAAAAUUCUCCAGUACAUCCCGAUCGAGGCGGAAUGUCUAUAAAUGAGUUCAAAUACAUUAAUGAACGGCCGGUGGACGACAUUUCGCUGGAUCUAUUCUAUAAACCCCACACGAUUACCCUGCUGGCUGUAUCCAUCUUCGGUACCAUGUAUUUUGCCUUCGUGCGUGACCAGUCUGACAUCCAAGAGAACAUAUGGGCCGGCAUGGUUUGCGUGAUAUUUUUCUUUCUGAUCAUCUCCAUUCUCGCCUUCCCCAAUGGUCCAUUUACACGGCCACAUCCCGUCGUAUGGCGAAUGCUGUUCGGCUUAUCAGUACUGUAUCUGUUGUUUCUACUGUUUCUGAUGUUCCAAGGAUACAGGUCAAUUAUGGGCAUAUUUUACUGGUUCGAUCCAACUUUGCGCACGUUCAAUAUUGAUAUGGACAAAGAGUAUGGCGCAAAUUGUUCGGACGUUAAUCUAGAGCGUAUAUGGUCGCACUUGGAUGUAUUCGCAUGGGGUCACUUCUUAGGCUGGGCCUUCAAAGCUGUACUUAUUCGACAUAUGGGCAUUUUAUGGGCUAUUUCGGUGAUGUGGGAGAUAACCGAGAUAACAUUCGCCCAUUUGUUACCUAACUUCGCUGAGUGCUGGUGGGAUGCUCUGAUUCUGGACGUGCUCCUGUGCAAUGGUUUAGGAAUCUGGUGCGGCCUCAAAAUUUGCCAACUGCUGGAGAUGCGAGAAUACAAAUGGGCGAGCAUAAGAGAUAUUUCAUCGACGACGGGAAAAUUGAAACGAGCUGUGCUCCAAUUUACCCCGGAAAGUUGGGCUCCGGUACGAUGGCUGGAUCCUAAGUGCACGUAUAUGAGAUUUUUUGCCGUAAGCCAGCUUGUAUUGCUUUGGCAGUUAACUGAACUGAACACAUUUUUCCUAAAACACAUUUUCGAGAUGCCCCCUUCGCAUCCUGUAGUUAUUGGACGAUUAGUUUUUGUAGGUCUUUUCACGGCCCCUUCGGUGCGACAGUAUUACAUAUACGUUACCGAUACGCGUUGCAAACGUUUGGGAACCCAAUGCUGGGUAUAUAUCGCCAUUUUAGUUUCUGAGGCUAUUUUGUGCAUCAAAAAUGGUAGAGAACUGUUCGAGCGAACACAAGUCAAAAACAUCGUUUUCUGGUUGUUCAUCCAAGCUGCAAUUGCGGUACUGUUUGUCUACGGCUGUAUGCUAUGGCACAAAUAUGUGGAUGAGAAAGAAUCACAGGAUUCCUCCCCGGCAAAGCAGCCAAGCCGAGAAUUCAAAGAUUCCGCGAUUUUGUCAGGUGAUUCUAAAGGCAAAUCAUCGGCUAGACUUUCGCCUAAUUCCACUCCCACCAAAAAUGCAAGAUCUCAUCACAAUAGCGUUAAGGACGAUUAAACUAAGUCUGACUGAUUUACCUCCAAAUGUUGUAGGAUAAUUUCCUAACUUCUUUCCAUGUUAAACUCUAAACUCCGGAAUAUGCUCAUAGCUUAAUUUUUUUAGAUCAUAAUGACAGUUUCAAAAACUAUGAACGAUGAGUACGCGAUUGGGAGCGAUGGAUGUUUACUCUGGUGAAAUUAUCGUUAGAUCAAAUUGCCACCUGAAACAAACUUCCUAAAAGUGUACUAGUUCGCAACUACUUUUAACUACAGAGCUUUCUAUAGUUGUUUAAUAGGACAAGUCAAAUGCUAGAACCAAUAGUUCUAUUACCAAUAUUGAACGUUGAGCGUUAUGUGGAGGGUGUGCAAAGAUUGCGUAAUUUUAACUUUUCGCAAGUUCAAACAAGAUGUGAAUCUAUACUAUACUAAGAUAUUGAGUUCUUGUAACAAAGUUUUCUACAAAAUGAUUUCAGAACAUUUAUAAUUGAAUGGCAGAAUAAGAAUGUUAUUUUUUCAUUAUUUCGACAGGCCUUUAGUAUGCGAAGGGAUACACAAAAUAUGCCUUGAAAAUGAAAAGUGAAUGUGAAUGUUGAAAAUAAAAACUUAACUGCGUUUCAAAUUAGCACACUAUGCGAUCAUUCGAUACCAUUUAAUUAAACGCAGAAAUCGAUUCAAUCGACAUAUCACUUUGAUGAAAUCGAAAAAAGGAAAAUAAAACAGAACGACAUAUAUGUUUGAAUGGUAAGGAAUUGUAAAUAUGUGGAUUUGGAUGUUGCUGUAUGGCUUGUUUGUUUUAAUGGAACGCAUUGUUGCGAGUAAAAAUCUUGAUUAAAUGUGCUGCAAUGAAUUUCCGACAAUGUAGGUAAGAUUUUGUUUCGUUUUAACGAAAGCGUCUAGUCAGUAAGAUUCAACCGAAAGACAUAGUGGAAUAUGAGUUUAAUAUAUUAUCUUAAUAAAAAGGAAUUACGGAAACAUC